ACUGGUUGGAAGUGAACUAAAAUGUAAAAGACUAAUAACACCAGGAGGGGGCAGUAAGCGGAACCUCUGGACACCAAUCGAAGCAAAACACUGAAGAAGAAGAAGCGGCGGACUCGUUGUUCUUCCACUUGAAAAUGUCAGUGGAUACAGAGGAAACUCACCAGAGGUUAAAAGCUGCAGUUCAUUAUACAGUGGGUCGUCUCUGCCAGAAGAUCGGUGAAGACCACCGGAGACAGUUCAGCCGACAAGCUAUAGCGGCAAUAGCCGAGACGACAUUCAGACAGUGUGAUAUAUUUGCAAAAGACCUGGAGGCUUUUGCAAGGCAUGCUAAAAGAAGCACCGUGUCUGUAGAUGAUGUGAAACUUGUAGCCCGCCGCAGUACUGCUUUGUCCAUCUACAUACAAAAUAAAAGUGACGAACUGACCCAGGAGCACAUGAGUUUAAAAAAGAAGACUACUGCAAAGAGAAAGAACAUAGAAACUGAGGAGGAAAGCAGAGAAUAAGGACAGGACACAGGCAAGCCUGCGGUAUCUGAUUUGAGCCCAAUCAAUCAAAUAAACAUGAAGACUGACUUACAUGUAUCUGAUAAGCCGAGAGCCAACAAAAGUCUUAGUUCUUUCAUGGGACAUGUGCCUGUCAAAACAGUUAUGUAGCCUAGAUUUGGAGCAAAUAAGUGCAAAGUUCCAUCCCAGGAUCUGCUAAUGUGAUGUCAAAUUUUAGCGCAUGUAACAAUUUUGACCUGAUUUGUUACCAUGUAUGAAUGAAACAUUAAACUUGAUUUUUAAAGCCAAA